AUGCAAUUUCAUGAGGAAAAGGGGGGUACCCUCAGAACAGAGUACUAUCUCGGAAAUAUGAAUGCAGAGAAAUCGAAAGUGGAUAUCGAUAUUAAAAAUCCACCGAAAACCCGAAUAGAAAAUAUGGACAUGCCGUACUUCCCAGUGAAAUACACUCAAGGAACACCUUGUCAACUAAUAGAGAAACCCAGAACAACAACAGUUAUGUAUAUUUGCAAUGAGUACGUACGCUCUCAAAUCUACUCGGUAACAGAAGUUAGCACCUGCGCUUAUGAAGUUGUCGUUCUAACGAAAGCGAUUUGCAAACAUCCAUCAUUCAAACCACCGUCGAAGGAUAUCCAUGACAUUGUAUGCUACAAAAAAGAAAAAGCUGAUGAUCCACGACCCAAAUCUCUAGCAGAGCAAGAGGCUCGACAUAGCUCUACUUUCAAACGAGAGUAUUCGAUCCCUGAGGGGCACAAAGUGAGGAGAGAACAAGGUCAAAAGCCGGUACUACUCCAAACACACAAACAAGAAAACUUGGUUGAAAAACCUAAUCGAAAGAUAGUGGAAUCGUGGUAUGAUUUCCUGAGUGGAAGACAGUGCUUGGAAAGUAGUGAUAAUGCUUAUUGGAAAUACAAGAUUUGUUUUGGAGUUUCAAUAACGCAAUUCCAUGCUGAAGAGAAAACGGGUCGGAUUGAAAUAGUUCUCGGAGAGUUCGAUGAAAAAAUUCAUAAAGCGUGGGUCGAUCAGGAUAAAAAAGCUCGCCAACCAAGAAAAAUUGGAAAGCGCGUUGCUCGAAUUGAUUAUAUGUAUGCUCAUGGAGAAAUCUGUGAAGAAACUGGAGCUCAUAGAAAUGUCAUUGUUCGAUUGCAUUGCGAGAAAGGUGAUAAUCAGGUGUUCAUGUUCAACAUAGAGGAGCCGAAAACAUGCAGUUACAUACUUGACAUAGAGCACUCGUCGUUUUGCGAGCCGAUGCAAACUGCUGACGAAUACGGUAUUAUUCCUUUGGAUCCUGCUCAUACUGUCAAGUUUUAA